AUGGCGAGUGGCCUGGUGAAGCGGUACCAGCAGGCCGGUGUGGAUCCCCCUGUUGCUCUUUACGUGGACUGCGGUUGCUGUGCCGAGGCAGCAGAAACAACCAAGCUGCAGGCCAGAUUCAGCGGGUGGCCACAGCUUGUGGUGAGGCUGGAUAUUUGGCACUUCAUGCAGCGGCUUGCCCUGGGAUGCACCACCGAUGCCCAUCAGCUGUCAACGUGUCACGCAUAUGUGGACAAGCAUCUGACCAAGGACGAGUUGGCUCUCCACUGCCGACGGAGGACACGAGGAGUGGACACCACGGUUCGGCUGCUGGAGGAGCUGAUUGCUGCACUGAUGGGGCCCCAAGGCAACGACUCCCUUGGCGUUCCUCUGUUUGAUCAGGAGAGGAUGGAGCACAUCUGGCGGGUGAUAAAGAAGUCGUCGUCGUGCUGCUACUCUGGUGAUUUGUUGCAUUCUGUCAAUAAACACUACGAGAAGCUGUUUGGCAGAAAGCUGGCACCUGAGUUCUGUCCCCCCGCACGUUACACAGGUGAGCUCAUCGGACUGCAGUACCUGUUUCAGCAGACUGGUCAGGCACUGCAGGACAUGAACCCCGACUCAGAGGAGACUGCCCGCUUGAUUGAGGAGCACGAUGCGGGGGUAGAUGAAGAAGAUGAGGGCUUCUCUGACUUCACAGAUGACCCUACACUGAUAGAUUUGGAGGUUUCUCCCAGCGCCUCCUCCACAGUGGCUCCCUUCCCAGCUCUCAGCGCCUCCUCCACAGUGGCUUCCUUUCAUAGCUCCCAGCGCCUCCUCCACAGUGGACCCCCAGUCCCUCCUCCAGACCUGCUCCCUGCACGGCGUCUCCAGGCAUCUCCCCGCUGGCCUCCAGCAUAUCUGAGGCUGGAGAUACCUCAGAUGAAACGAUGGCUGUUGAAGACCAGAAUGUGCCUUGAUACCAGCACAUUGACAUGCUUGCUGACUACUUGGUGGGGCUUCGGGAGCAGACCUCGCUCUGUCUCACCAACCUACAGGCAGACCGCAUCAUGGAGCUCUGGCAGAGGCUGGAUGAUGGGGACAAGCAGCGGGUUGUGUAUGCAGCACGCCACCAGGAGAGACUUUUGAGUGGACGCUUUCGAUCACCAAAGAAGCCCUCCAAAACUCCUGGUGUGGAGAGCACAACCCGCUGCGUGCUAGGUGCUAGCAGUGCUCCUGCACAGUGGCCUGACUGCUGUAGGUUGGUGGAGGCCAUUUUUAUUAGACUUUGUGGUCUGCACCCAGCCCCGAAAUGGAAAGGCAAAGGGACAGAAUCACGGUGGUCCCUAAUUUUGAGGGACUAUCGUAAAAUCAGUCAGCUGGUGAUCGGAAAUGGCAGAGUGAUGCAGGGAUCAGAGAUUUAGCUGGUGGAGGUUAAUCAGACCACCCUGAUCCAGUGGCACAAUGGCAGGCAGAAGAAGCAGGAGCUGUCUGUGCCGCUUCAGGGAACUUCUGUACCUACCAACUUACCAGUGUCGGAAGAACCAUUGUUGGACCCAAAAGUGCUGCCUUCCAUUCCUGUGCCAGUGCAGCAUGAACAUCAAUAUCAGCUGUCAGAGUGUACAGCUGGUCAGGCCAAACAAAGGCAGGCACCAUGUUCCAUCCUCCCUAAAGGUGCUGCAAAAAGGCAGCUCUUUGCGGCCCCAGCGGUUCUCCCGGUCCCAGCAGGCUGUGCACCCAUGGCUCCCUUGGCUUCUGGGGUCCCUCAACAGGUCUUCACACAGGUAGGACAACCUGUGGUUCUAUAUCAGGUUGUCCUGCCUGCACAAAUGCAGGGAACCUCUCAACCCAGCCGUCACCACCAACCCUCAAGAAAGAGGCCAUAUAAAAGAACGGUACAGGCUAAUACGUGCAAAAAAUGUGGCCUCUUCCGCACAGGAGAGACUGGGCAUAGCCACUACCGUGGGAGGAUUUACUGCCCACAGUCUGAGGUCCUUACAAAGGAGCAGUGGUUGGAGGAGAUGAGGAGGGUGGGAAAAUAAAAUUGUAUAUAAGCAUUUCAUAUUUGUAUUCAGUUUUAUGUCUAAAUAUUUGGUUUUAUUAUAUUAAACCUUUACCUUUUGUAUCUUUUUUCAUUUUGUUAUUGACAUUGAACAGCACAAACAUUCUGUGAAUAAACAUAAUGACUUUUAUUGUCCAACAGUUGUUACUGAAAAAUAAAGCCGUUUUAUACAUUUA